UGGAGGGCAGCUCUCUUGGCGCUCUCACUCCUGCGCAGCAGCAGCGCAGCAGCAGUUAACGGUUCAUGUGAAAAUUCCCCACACAAAACGACGUGAAAAUCGAAAUCGAUAAGUAAGCAACGGUCUUGAGACUCUGAGAAAAUUGUCCAAAAUCCAAAGAAAAAGUUGCAGAUAAGAGCCAGAAAAAGUAUAGAUUAAACCGAAAAUUGAACAAACCUGGCGAUGGCCAAGAAAAGUGUUAGCCAACUUCUAGAGGUAAUGUAAGGCUAUCUAAUCGGAGCUUGAAUUAAACGGAUUUGAAGAAUAUUAGAGACCCGGUAGCCAGUAAAGAGUAUAUAUAGAUUCCAAGAUGCAGCCACCGCCGCGUAAGGGUAACUAUGUGAAAUUCCUGAAGAACCUGCACACGGAGCAGGUGGCCAAGUUGCAGUUGAAGAACCAGCAUGAGUGCGACCUGCUGGAGGACAUCCGCCAGUUCACCAUCAAGCGCUCGGCGGUGGAGAAGUCGUACAGUGAAGCCUUGCUAAAGAUCUCAUCCCAGUAUCUGAACAAGAAAAUACCCAACAUACCAGACAUUAAAAUGGACGGCAUGGAGGAGCGCUGGAACAUGUGGAGUGUUUGGCGCACAGUCCUUGAGGAAAAUGAAAAACUGGCCCGUGCUCGUCUGGCUGCCAUCGAGGUGUUCCAGCAGCAGAUCGCCGACGAAGCCAAGGUCCUUCGGGACUACAAGCUGGCCAUCGCCAAGCGCUCUCUAUCCGGAAUCGUAAACGUUCAGAAGGAACUCCACUUGAGUGUGGGUGAUGUGGACAAAACCAAGAAGUCGUACUUCGACGAGGAGCACUGUGCCCACGAUGUUCGCGACAAGGCCAGGGACAUUGAGGAGAAGCUGAAGAAAAAGAAGGGCUCGUUCUUCCAGUCGAUCACCUCGCUGCAGAAGAACAGUGCCCGGGUCACCUCCCGCAAGGAGUUGCUGGAGGAGAAGUCCUCUGGUGCCAGGAAUGAUUACAUCCUCAGUCUGGCCGCCGCCAAUGCCCAUCAGAAUCGUUACUUUACCGUCGAUCUGCAGACCACGAUGACCACCAUGGAGAACUAUGUGUUCGAGAGGGUGGCCGAGUACCUGAUGUUGAUGGGACGCACAGAGCUGCUGACCUGCUCGGCCACGCAGAACAGCUUCGGAAAGAUCAGAGAUCAGGCCCAGCAGCUGACCCGGGAGUACAACCUGCAGUGCUGCUACCUCUUCUACCCGGUUCUCAAGCAGCACAUCCAGUACGACUUCGAGGCAUGCGACAACGAUCCGGUCCGCAAGGUGACCACCGAGCACGACUCCGCUGCCGAGACGCUGACCAAGGAGGCCAAGAACCUGGCCGGCAGGGUGGUGAAGGAGAACGCCUCCAUACGGGAGAAUGCCAAGAAGCUGGCCCUGUGCCAGUCGCUGAGGGAUUCCGGACAACGCACCGAUCCAAAUGAUCCCAAUGGACCCGAUCUGGACACCAAGAUCGAGGAGUUCCGAGACCAGAUCCGACGCUCCGAGACGGAGAAGGCCAAGGCAGAGGCCUGUCUGCAGUGUCUGCGGGAUGGUGGCAUCAAUGUGGACGAGUGGGUCCAGGAGGCGGAGAUCAUGGGCGUGCAGGAGCUGACUCGCUCGGCCAGCUCCAUUUCGAUGCGUACCGAUGCCUCCGGGCAGGGUGAGAAUCCCAGCUCGGACUCCUUCUACGACAGCGACAAGGAGGACACUCAGACCCAAAACCAGGCCCAGUCACAGGCUCAGGCCAAGCCGAAGGCGGAGCAGCAGUUGUCCAGGGAUCGCACCUUCAGCGACAGCGAUGAUGAGCCCGAGGAGCGCCCCGCCGCUGCGGCAACAUCCUCCAGUUCAGCCGCCGCCGCUGCUGCUGCCUCCUCCUCAUCCAUGAUGGGGGGUGGGGGCUGGGACGACCCAACCGAGGUCAAUUGGGGGGCCGAAGAGGAGGAGGACAAGGACGAGCCCAUUGUACCCGAGCCCAAGGAGGCCAUCUUUAAGUGCACUGCACUCUACAGUUAUACGGCCCAGAAUCCCGACGAGCUCACCAUCGUCGAGAAUGAGCAGCUUGAGGUGGUCGGCGAGGGUGACGGCGACGGGUGGCUGCGGGCCAGGAACUACCGGGGCGAGGAGGGCUAUGUGCCCCACAACUAUCUGGACAUCGACCAGGAGACGGCCGGCAGCGCCUUUAAUGGUACUUCAGGCAAUCAAUUGCGCUCUCAAAUCUCAUUCUCAUCUGUCGAUUAUACUGUUGACAAUGAAGAUCAGACGGUGGACUCGAUGCAAUCGCCCGACCAGGUCUCGGUCAUCAUGGCGCCCCAGAAGCGCCCCAAAUCGGACGUGGAAUGGUGCAUCGCGCUCUACGACUACGACGCCACCGCCGAGGACGAGCUGACCUUCGAGGAGGGCGACAAGAUCAAGAUAAUCACCAAGACCGCCCACGGCGUCGACGACGGGUGGUGGGAGGGCGAGCUGGACGGGCGGUUCGGCAACUUCCCCUCGCUGGUCGUCGAGGAGUGCGACGAGAUGGGCGAGCCGCUCAGCGAGGGCGGCGACGAGUCACCUCCGCCCACUGCGGCGCCGACCUUUGCCCUGCCCCCCGCCCCGGCACUGCCGCCAGAGUACGCCCAUGAGUUGGAGCUGGAGCUUACCGAGGACAUGUUUGGCUCCCAGGACACGGCAGAUGAGGAUAGCGGUGUGUAUCCAAACGGUGCGGCUGCCCCGAGCAUGCCUCCGCCAGGCAACAAUCCAAGCCAAACAACUGCCAAAAAGGUACUCAUCCAAGAGCCUGGCAUGGAGGACGAUCUAAGUGACGACGGUCAGCCGCCACCGUCUCUGCCGCCGCCCCAGUUGCCGCCGGCGGGAGGCCCGAAGCCUGGUCCGGGGAUUAGUAAGGGGGAGAAGGGGGCGGCGGCUAGCACCGCUAACACCCUGAACUUAGGUAUGGCACAAAUAAUAGUUACCGCUGCAACCCCCAUGGUUGAAGACGGUGCCGAUAAAUCUUUCCCACCAGUAGGAGAGAGCGAUUCCCAGUCCGAUAAGGACACGGAUACGGAUAAGGCCAAGGAGGAGAAGAAGCCCGAGAAGCCGUCCAAGCAGGCGGAGGCGGAGGCGUCGGCCAAAAAGCCAGAUGUGGCGCCCAAGCCGCUGGCCAAGGUAUCGCCAUCGCCCCAGACCGCUCCGGCACCGGCCGCGGCCAAAGAAGGUAAACCGGGUGGGCCGAGGCCCGUGGUGAGCAUAACACUGACCGAGUAUCCAUCCUGUGAUGCAGAGGACCAACAGUCCUUCUCCGAGGGCACCGAUUCGGAGACCGUUCCAGCCUUCCAGGAAGCCGACGAUCCGUUCAACGAGAAGACCAAGGACGAGUCCAGCGGCGGAGGCGGCGGAUCAUCAGGAUUUGAGGCCAACUUUGAGGCCAAUUUCGAUGCCAACUUCGAUGAUGCGUUUGCGGGAGCAGGAUCGGGAUCGGGAGGGGGCGGUGGGGGUGGAGGCGAGCAGUCCCAUGACUUGGACGUGAAUGGAGGUCCUGCAGCUGACGAGGAGGAUAUUGAGGCGCCCAAGCAGGUGGUCGGUGGGCGAGCUAGCAUACCCGAGGAAUUGGACUCAAAUCAAUUGGCACACGACCAUGAGCAAGAUAUAUACUAUAUAGACUAUAGCCACGGACAGUUAUAGAGCGGAUCAGCGGAACACCACAGCCACAGCCACCAACACCACCACCACCACCACCACUAUCCAACCACAGUAGCAACCACAACACUUGAAAUCCACAAAAAAAAAAAAAGUAUUAGGCUCACACAAUCCUGAAUCCUAUCCAAAAAAAAAAAUCCAAACACUUUUAGGUUAAAUAACACUGCGAUCUCGAGUACUUUGAUCUCUCUUCUCAGGGCCCCAAAAAGUAUGCUAUGAAAUAUUUCGUUUGCUAAAGUGUUUCAAGGAUUCUUUUGCGAGCCCACCUCAAGGAUGUCAAACUCUAGAGAUGUCUCUUUUAAACCGACUCAGACGGACUCUACAAAUCAGGAAGGGAAUAAAAAUAGUUUAUUUUGACUGCCCGACUAAUAUGCAUACAACGACACAAUAGCAGGACUAUCUAUAGAAACUAUAUACGCCACAUGUACUAAUAGCAGGUCGAGGACCCUCUCUCCUUUUCACGUACAGCGCUCAAAUUGUGUACAUUCAUUGGAAUACUUUUUCUUGACUGCCUCUGGGGUUAUAGUUAGACAUCAACUGGGCCUUCAUAACAAAAACCACCAUACGAUAUAUAAAUAUAAAUAUAAACUAUUUAAAUAUAUACAUAAUUAUGUUAGUUUGUAAUGUGUUAUACCCUCAGACACGUAUGGAAUACAUCGGAUAUAUAUAUAUUAUAAAUGCAAUAUUGUAUUGUAAACGUUUUGAAAGACAAAUACUUAUGUAGCACUCAGACACGGGUCUUCGAAUAUCAGCAUCCACAACUAAUCGAGCAAUAAUAUGUAUAUAUAUCUAAGUAAACUAGAGGAGCCGUUAAGUUAGCCAUUCGCUUGAUCUACUAGCCGCAUUAUAGCCAAGUUGCCAAUCAACUUUAUUGUCAAUUCAUUUUGGUUUUUCGUUCUCGGUAUUUCGUUUCGAUUCACACCUAGUUUUAGGACCUCUGCACAUUAUAGUGAACUAAUAAUGGAAUGUAAUCAAAGCCUAAGAGCGAAUCCUGCGGAAUUAAUAUUAUAUAUUGUUGUAAUUGAAUGCCAGCACUAGUCUAAUUAGUUAAAUGUUUUCCGUGUCUAGUUAAAUGGUCUAAGUUAAUGUUGGAUGCCAGAAAGAAGAUAUUUGACUUUGAAUUAGUGAAAAGCCUUCUCAAUACGAGACUAUGUUUGCAAUACUCGAAUAUUCCAGUUCAUAACUCACCAAUCGGAUAACUUCAUAAUCAUAUAAUCACAAAGGAUAAUCAUACAUAGAUUACAAAAAAAGACAGAAAAUCAUAAAUCAUAAUUAAGCAGAAAAUUGUAUUGUAUGUAAUUUUUGAAACCUGCCCAGUGAGUUAAUCAAACCUUCUGUUCAACAAAAAAAAAAAACCAACAAAAACUUAAAAAUAAAAUCUCCACUUUGAAGCAAGAAAUUGAGACUUUCAAUAAAACACUUGGUGGUUUGUAAUUUUUUUACAUAUCUUUAUUUAUAUUCACUUCAUUGCAAUAUUAUAAUAUUUUUCUUCUUGGUUUGCAUUUUUUCCUUCUGGAUGUUUUUUAGUUUUAGUAUUUAACUUAAUAAUAUAGGUUCCUUCUUGGGUGUUUAUUUUCAUUUACUUUCUUGUAACAUUCAUUUCAUAUUAUUUUCAAUUUUUAAUUAUUUUUUUUUAUGUGUGUGUUUAUUCUUUAUAUGCUAUAGAUAAUUAUUCUCAUUUCAGUUUUUUUCUUCAUUUUUUUUUUUUUGGUUUUUGUUUUUAAUUUUUUUGGUAUUUUCAAUUUUGGUUUUUCAUUUUAUAUAACGAAAUUAACACAGUCAAAAUUUGUGAUCAGUGAUCAAUCAUUACAUACGCAUUACGUUUUAAAUUAUUUUCUCUGGGGUUUCCGCCCCAUUUCCCAGGGGGACCUUCAAACAUAUUCUUGCUUAUAUACUUAUUUUUUGUCGGGAGGGGUUCUUAUUGGAUGUGUCCCUUUAUUUGCAUUCCAAGACUGAGGCUGAUGGAUGGUUGAGCAACCGAAAAAUAAACAAAUAAUUAUCUGAGGGUUAUCUGUGGAACCAAUAAUUGACAGCAGACCAACUUUUGAACUAGGGGCGGGGGAUUAUAUCGGAUCGUAAGUGGCGAACGGAUGGCGGGAUGGCUCUGACUGGCUGGUAAUCAUAAAAAAUGUUCAUUUAUUGCAUUUAGGAACUCUUUUUGAUGGACGGAUAAAACCAAAAAUUAUACAGAUACACUCCACAUCGAAUAUAUAGUUUUUGCUUGACAUUAUUGCUUGAUGAUGGUAUGAGACUUGAAAUUGGUUAAUUUUUUUCUUUGACUGAAAAAUCAAACACACUUGGUGGUUAGUAAUCGUGGUAGCCAGAGCCCGCGGGGAAGUGGAUCAUACUUUGGAUCAAUGGGUGCCUAAUCUUAAAAUGUAAUAACAAAUUUUCGCAUUUUUACUUUGCUUGAGCAAACGGUUCGCCUGUCAACGGACAAUGAUUCUGUGGCCUCUAAAAUGAAUGCUCCAUUUUCCUUCUUUUUUUUUUUAAUAAUAAUUAAUAAUGAUGCAACAAACUAAAAGUAUGCAACGUACAACCAUAAGUGUGUGUCUGUGUGAGUGUGUGUGUGUCCUUUGAAUAGUGUAUUUAACUUUCGGCACUAAUGCCGCUAACAAUUCAUGGCUCAAUCAAUAUCUCGUCUUGCUGCCUAGGGUUAUAGACUAUUUCUCAAUAAUAAUAUUCACUUGCAUUAACUUUGAAUCAUUUUAAAAAUGUUUUUAUUUUUGUUUUUCGUUUUUGUUUGGUAUUUGGUAAUUCGGUGCGAUCUGCUGGAAUUGGGAUCUGGUUUUUUUUUUAGUAAGUAUUACUGGAUCUGUAUCUGUGUCUGGUGUGGUUAAACUUAGUAGCUAGGGGUUCCCAAACUGUUGGUUUGCUUAUCUAAAUACUUUAGAAUUUCAUGUUUUUGGUUUUGCUUUGUUUUUGAGACCACCAUACAUAUAUAAUAUAUAUAAUUAAAUAUACAUCAUGUCACGCACAUAUGUAUAUAUCGCUCCUCCUCCUCAUCAUAUAUAUAUAUGUAUAUAAUUAUUUUUUAUUUCUCCAUUUCGGUUGCUUUAUAAAACGUUGGUGUUGGUGUUGCCGUCUAAACAGCAACACCAAAAAUGCUUCAAACAUUUCAUUGUGUGUAUAUUUUAACAUUUUACAUAUUUGCAUCAUUUUUUUUUUGUUGCUUAUCAUUUUUUUUAUAUUUUUCUUGUUGUUGUCCUAAAUGCUCUUGCAUAAAUACUUUCGUAUAAUAUGCAUUUUCAUCGUCUCGCCUCAAUAAUUUGUUUAUAAAAAAUGUUCUCGCUAUGGCCAACUAAAUUAUUUUGGUUUUCCAUCUUCGAUCUCGACAAAUAAUAUCAUAAACUAGGUUGUAGAGUAAAAAAUCCCAUAUGAAAAAUUAAACGCACAAUUCGUCAUUCAUAUUUUAAAAAUGUUACUCCCUUUUCGUCAACUAUGUCGCCUCUGCGUUGUUUACAAAUAAAAUGUUACUUUUGUUUCUUUAAUUUACGUUCUUUGGAAAUACGCUCCGAAACCGUUGAGCAGCUAUUUGUUGUUCAUCAUAAUUUUAUUUGAGUUUAAUUUUUAAGGGGAUAUUCAUUAUAUAAUAUAGCAUGUUGUGUGUGUGUCUGUUUCUUUUUUUUACAAAUUAAUAUCAUCCGCAAUUUUUGUCUCUAAACUUUUACAAACAUUUUGAUUUGUG